UGGGUGAAAAAUUUGUUUUACGUUUGUAUCAGAGUACUAAUUUUCAUUUUGAAUUGUUUAAUCAGAAACUAAAUUGUUAACGAGUUCAUGCAGUAUCAAAAAACGUUAUAAGCCAUGGCUACUAAAAUUUUCAUACCGCAGUUUCGUCACAUGGAUAUAUUUGUGCUGAUAACAGUUUUGUUUACGUUGCAAUGCCCAGCAUAUGGAUUGGUUUCAUACGAUUAUAUAGAGGAUAAUCAUUUAAAUGACGAAAGCGCAUCAGACCGUACAUCCCGUUUUGCAUUGCUAAUGCCACAAGUCUCUCCAAAUAUGCCUGAACUUUAUCUUUGCACGCCAGUAAAAGUUGACUAUACAACAAGCUAUUACAUAGUUGGCUAUGAACCAAAUGCAACAAUGAAUACGGCACAUCACAUGUUAAUAUAUGGCUGUGGAGAGCCUGGGUCUACGAAAUCUGUUUGGAAUUGUGGAGAAAUGUCAACGGCGCACUCAACAGAUUCGGCCAGCCCAUGUGGCCCUAAAGCACAUUCGCAGGUCUUAUAUGCAUGGGCGAGAGAUGCACCAAAACUCAAUUUGCCGCAAGGGGUUGGAUUUAAAGUUGGAAAAAAUACUCCUAUUAAGUAUAUCGUUCUGCAAGUGCAUUACGCGCACAUUGAUAAAUUCAAAGAUGGCAGCACUGAUGACUCUGGAGUCUUUAUCAAAUACACGCUUAAGCCUUUAAAUAAGCUUGCUGGCGUUCUGCUUCUGGGGACUGCUGGAAUGAUCCCACCGAAAUCAGUGGAGCAUAUGGAAUCUGCUUGCGAAAUAAGUGAGAAUAAGACAAUAUAUCCAAUUGCGUAUCGCACUCACACACACAGCCUUGGAAAAGUAGUGUCGGGAUACAGAGUACGAGCUGAUGAGCAUGGCGUUCAUCAGUGGACCCUUUUAGGCAAAAGGGACCCGAUGACACCUCAAAUGUUUUAUCCAAUUGAAAAUAGUGAUCCUAUUGUCGCCGGCGAUUAUCUAGCUGCUAGAUGUACCAUGGUUAGUUUUCGGAACAGAGUGACAAAAAUUGGAGCCACGAACGAAGAUGAAAUGUGCAAUUUUUAUUUGAUGUACUAUGUUGAAAAUGACGAACCUCUUAACAUGAAAUAUUGCUUUAGUCAAGGACCACCAAAUUACUAUUGGAGCAAUCCCGAUGUAGGGCUUCAUAACAUUCCAAAUAUAGAAGCUAGCACAUUGUGAAUCUACCCCAAAAUGAAAACUUAAUUUUACUUUAUAAAAUGUAAAUAUCUAAUAAUUGUUGAACGUCAUUGUAAAUAAUUUAAUAAAGUCUAUGAAUGUAUGUA